AUGUUCUCCGUAAUAGCUUUUCAAACAGGUUGGCACAACUUGACACGUGUGCUCAGUGAUGCUGACUGGGAUCGAGCAAAGGUACUGGUGUUUGCAACUCUUUUGACGAUCUGGAUCUGGACUGACAUUCCAAAAUCAAGUUGGCAGGACAAUUCUGUGUUCUCCUUUGUUGAGACCUUCGCAGGAGAGGCCCAGGCUACCAUGGCAUUCCGAAGCAGUGAUUUCAGGUCUGCACGGCUAGAUCUUAAAUACAUGAGUGCUGAAGCUGACCGGACAGCAUUGGCAAUCAUUUUGCGAGGAGAUGUGGAUAAGGGCUGGUGGAAUCACUACGGGUUGAAAUGUGCUUCAUGGACAGCUGUCAAUUCCGGUACCAGUGGUAGGAUGCUACUUUUGAUGAUGGUAGCAGUUUGUCUCAAUGCCGUGAUUACCCUGGAACAACCCUAUUCGUCCUUCUUUGAGUUCUACCCUAGAUUCCGGGACUUUAGUCGGAUGUUGCAGCAUACCGGUGGACCUCAUGCAGUCCACAAUACCAGCCGGUACAUGCUGCACUACGGUGGACCGACACCCAAACGACAUUAUGCGUUUGCCAAUACUCACCAUAUUGACAAGUUGAACCUUGGUCAGUUGAGGGGAUGGAUUCAAAAGAAGGAAGCGUUGACAGAGCUGGGUCAAACCUAUGACUUGGUGGACAAGUAUGUAGAUGCUUCUGGACAACCCCGUUGGAAAGGCAACAAGCGCCUACGCUCCUCCGAGUGCUACCCACAAAAGUUCGGGCAGAAGCUCGUGGAGAUGUUCUACCGGAUGAUCAAGGAGAAGCGUGGGAUGCCAGAACUUCCAGAACAUGUCCCCAGUGCGGCGGAAACUUUCGCCAGCAUGUCGUUUGAUGACAUGUGGCAAGAAGCAUUUAUGGCUGAUGUUUGCCAUUACCUUAGGGCCUUAGGGGUGGUGUUUAUCUAA